AAUAGAAUAGCGAAGCGUCGUGACGCAACUUCCUGACCGGUAGUUUUGCGGGAAGUUUGGUCGCAUACGCAUUUACAUCAUAUACAUUCAUGCACAUACGGCUUAAUCUACAAUAAACAACAAAGUCAAGAUGCCCCCUAAAGCCAAGGCGGCAGGGAAAGGCAGAGCUCCAGCUAAGAGGAAGCUGGCAGAAGAGUUCCCCCCCGGUGAGAUCCUAACAGACACCGGGAAAAAGACCUGGAAGCUGGGGGCUCCAAUCGGUCAAGGGGGCUUUGGCCUCUUAUAUUUGGCUGAUGAGAAUUCUGCAAAACCUGUGGGUGCUGAUGCUCCAUAUGUCAUCAAAGUGGAGCCCAAAGACAAUGGACCUCUGUUCUCUGAGCUCAAGUUUUACAUGAGAGCUGCAAAGCCUGACCUGAUUCAGAGCUGGAUGAAGUCUCACAAGUUGAAAGUUCUGGGCGUUCCCAGGUAUUGGGGCUCCGGUCUGCAUGAGAGAGGAGGGAAGAGUUAUAGGUUCAUGGUUAUUGACAGGCUUGGCACAGACCUGCAGAAGAAGUUUGAAGAAUGUGGAAGGAUGUUCCCAAGAAAACUGGUCCUGCAGCUUUCUCUUCGACUGCUGGAUAUUCUGGAAUACAUCCAUGACCAUGAGUAUGUUCAUGCUGACAUUAAGGCAUCCAACCUCAUGUUGGGCAACAGUGAUCCCGACCAGGUUUACUUGGUAGAUUACGGGCUGGCAUAUCGCUACGCACCUGACGGGGUCCCAAAAGAGUACAAGGAAGACCCCAAGAGAUGUCACGACGGGACCAUCGAGUUCACAAGCAUCGACGCCCACAAAGGAGCAACUGCAUGUAGGCGGAGCGACCUGGAGAUCCUGUGCUACUGCAUGGUGCAGUGGCUGUGUGGACGCCUGCCCUGGGAAGACAAGCUGCAGGACCCCCUCUACGUCAGAGACUCCAAAAUCAGGAGCCAAGAAAACGUCUCUGAAUUCAUGACCAAAUGUUUCUCCUCUCAAGACAAGCCAGAUGAGAUCCAGAGGUUCAUGGAGGAGGUUAAAUCUCUGGGAUACCAAGACAAGCCACCAUAUGAGAAGUUACGCUCCAUCCUGCAGGCCGGACUGAAGGUUAUCCAGGCUAAAGAUGAUGGCAAGCUGAAGUUCGCUCCUGUCAGUGGAGCUGUAUCACCUCCUGCCAAGGUCAGCACCUUUAUAAGAGGCAGAUGGUUCUGUGUUUUGAUAUCCGAGCCAGGGAGAGGGAGGUCAGAGGUCAAGUUGAAGUUCAGAUCCAAAGGGGUGCUGUUUCUCUCCCUCCCUUAA